UCUCACAGCUGGCGCUAUAUCAGGCACCAGCUGCCGGAAGCCCAGCCUGGCCUCACCACUUGCUGCUGGCACUGCCUGGGCUCAGAAGAGGGUCUGAGCGCCUGCUCAGUAUGACAGAUGAUGGCUCUGAUGUGGGGGGAGGUGAUAGGGUUGUUCUGGGCUGGUGUCUCAGCACAGUGUCACUGCUGCAUUAGAGUCCACCCUCCAUGUGGAGGCAGAGCACACUCUUCUACUUUGGGACCAUCACACUGACAAGCUACAGCUGUAAGGCACAGGAGGCAUGGCCCUGUUCCCUCUGGUGCUGUGGUCUCUGCUCCUGGACUGCUGGUCCCACUCUCCAGGCUCUGCUGGGGAGAAGUCUGUGAGUCUCUUGUUUGGAGAAACUCGGUGUGAAGGCCUCCUGCAUGUGGAGCACAGUGGGCAGCAGGGCCUGGUGUGUGGGGACCGCUGGGGCAUGCAAGAGGCCUCGGUGAUCUGCAGACAGCUCAACUGCAGCAGGGCACUAUAUACCCCUCAACAUAUCUUGAUGCCCAAAGACAUACAGCCACCCUGGCUGUAUGGUGCCCAGUGCCAGGGUGAGGAGGCCUCUCUCUGGCAGUGCUCCCUGGGUGACUGGGGGCCCAUCAGUGGCUGUAAUUGCCAGUGUGUGGUAAUUGUCUGGUGCUCAGAUAGCAUUGUGAGGCCAAUUGGGCUGAUCGGAGGAGGCAGCCCCUGUGCUGGGAUCCCUGAGGUAAUGAAGAUGCAAAAUGAUAUUCUGAGGUGUGCCUUGCAAAAGGAGGAAGCAGGUGUAUUUUGCAGAGAACUGGAAUGUGGCACCGCUUUGCAGUGGUUCAGAGACCACCCUGGAGGGCUCCUUGGUGUCCAAGAGCAGAGAUAUGUGAGCUGUCAGGGAACAGAGCCCAGCAUUUUCCACUGCAAGAUCAACAGAAACUUUGUAGAACAGUGUGAUCUUCAAGUCUACACUGAGGUGGUGUGCACAGGACAUGUGGAAGCUCGGCUUGUUGGCAGCGAGGACCCCUGUGCUGGGCGCCUGGAAGUACAGAGGGGCCUGACGUGGGGCACAGUCUGCGAUGCUGACCUGGACCUGCCCACGGCCCAUGUGGUGUGCCGGGAGCUGCAGUGUGGAAAGGCCGUGUCCACACUUGGAACUGCCCACUUCGGCCAGGGCUCAGGGCCCGUGUGGAUGGAGGCCUUCCGUUGUGUGGGCAACGAGUCUCUGCUCUUCCACUGUCGGCGGGAGCCUGGGAGUCAGUGCACCCAUGAGCAGGAUGCUGGGCUCAGGUGCUCGGGAGAAAAGUUCCGGCUGGUCAAUGGCAGCAGCCCCUGUGAGGGCCGUGUGGAGCUCCAGGUGCAGGGAGUCUGGGCACCCCUCUGUGCAGCCCACUGGAGCUUAGCAGAUGCCAGCGUCCUGUGCCACCAGCUCAACUGUGGGAGUGCAGCUGCCAUACCACGAGGAGGCCAUUUUGGAACUGGAGAUGCUCCCAUCUGGCCAGAUGUGCUCCACUGUGUGGGGACAGAGCCCCAUUUGUUGAGCUGCCCAUCCAGCACUUUGGGUGCGAAGCCCUGUGCCAAAGGAAAUGCUGCCUCUGCCUCUUGCUCAGGUCUUGCUGGAGCCCUUAGACUCAGGGAUGGACAGAGUCGUUGUGAUGGUCGUGUGGAGGUCUCGCUGGAUGGAGUGUGGGGCCGCGUCCUAGAUGACGCCUGGGACCUGCGUGAUGCCAGCGUCGUGUGCAGGCAGCUUGGGUGUGGAGAGGCGGAGCAAGCUUAUGAUGCAUCAGCCCCUGGCCAUGGAGUCCUUCCUGUGGGGCUGAGCCAGGUGCACUGCGAGGGCUCGGAGACCAGCCUGACCCAGUGCAAUGUGUCUGUGACCCUGCUGGCGCCUGUGGGGACCUCACGAGAUGUGGGUGUGGUGUGCUCUGGGAGCCUUCAGGUGCGGCUGGCUGGGGGCCCUGGCCGCUGUGCUGGGCGAGUGGAGGUGCUGCAGGCAGGCACUUGGGGCACUGUGUGUGACGACGCCUGGGACCUGCAGGACGCACACGUGGUCUGUGAGCAGCUGGGUUGUGGCCGUGCCCUGAGUGCACCAGGGGCUGCCUACUUCGGAUCAGGAUCCGGGCCAAUCUGGAUGGAUGAGUUGAGCUGCCUGGGCAAUGAGUCUGCACUUUGGCAUUGCCCAUCGCCAGGGUGGGGACAGCACGAUUGUGGGCACAAAGAGGAUGCUGGGGUCUUCUGCACAGAAUUCACAGAUCUUAGGCUGCAGAAUUAUGGACAGCCAUGUGCUGGGCGGCUGGAAGUUUUCUACAGUGGGACUUGGGGUGGAGUCUGCCACAUCCUGAACCCUGCCUCCCUGGGCCUCCUGUGUGGCCAGCUGGGCUGUGAGCCCCAAGGGCAGCUGCUGGCAAGGCCAGAGAGCUGGCCUUCCCCUGCAGUUUUCUGGCUGACUUCCAUUCAGUGCAGGCCCAAGCAUGACAGGUCCCUGUGGCAGUGUCCUUCAACCCCGUGGGACCAGCAUUCCUGCUCUAGCAGUGAAGAGGCCUGGGUCCUGUGUGCAGGAAAGAAAGGAGAAAUUCCUGAGGAUCCUGAGCAGACCCUUAACUGCUCCUUCACGCUCAGUUGCCCAGAGGAGGGUGCACUGCGCCUGCGAGGCGGUGAUGACGACUGCUCAGGGCGUGUGGAGCUCUGGCACAUGGGCUCCUGGGGCACUGUGUGUGAUGAUUCCUGGGACCUGGCAGAUGCAGAAGUCGCGUGCCGCCAGCUGGGCUGUGGUCAGGCAGUGAAUGCCACGCAGGGGGCUGCCUUUGGUCCUGGGUCAGGACCUGUGUGGCUGGAUGAGGUGAGGUGCCGUGGAAGUGAGGCUUUCCUGUUGGACUGUCCCACAGAACCACUGGGAUUUGGAGAUUGUGAUCACAAGGAAGAUGCAGGAGUGAGGUGCUCUGGAGCUCCUUUCUUGGCUCCUGCAUCUGUGGCUGAGCCCUGGACCCUGCCUGAGAUUGCCUGUCUGGUUCUUGGCUGCCUGUUGGGCCUCAUCUUCCUACUUCUCGGUGUUCAGCGGAGCCGCCACAUGCUUUCCUUCAUGGGUUCUAGAAUGUCAGAGCACCUGCCUUCAGAGGGUGUGUAUGAGGACAUUGAAGCUCUUCCUGUGGAGAAGAAAGAGGAGACACUCUCAUUGUCUGGAAACCUCGUGCUGGAAGAGGGUUAUGAUGAUGCUGAAGAUCCUGAGGAAGACUGUGGGGAGGAGACAGAAGAAAUGGAGCAGCAGAGUCACUGCUGAGCGCUGCAGGGUCCAUUCUACUCUUCCUGUUUUAUGUUCCAUGAGGAGAGCUCUGCUCAGUCUGCUUAGUCUGGCUGUUACAUUUAAAUGACCUGAGAGCUGUGUCUCUGAGUCUGUUACCCUUAUUGCUAUCUCUUAUCUGGGACUCUAUGCCUUCUCCUUCUUCCUUUAAGGAUAGACCUUAAACUCAAUCUUCUCUUUGGCCUAUGUGUUGUUAUGUCCUUUGUUUUCCUUCAGGUUUCUUUUAUAGUUGCCCAGUAUCCUUCCCAGAACCUGGUUGAUGAUGGGUUUUAGGAGGUGCCAUGGAUGGGUAAUAUAUGGACAGGGGGAUUCCAGAUGAGAGACAUUUUAUCACCUGAUCUGCUAUAUGCAGUUCUUGUCUGUCUGUAUAUAUGUUUGUGACUGUGCUCCUCAGUGGUUACCAGCAGCUCAGUACCUAUGUGGUCCAGAAUAAUACAUGACAAUCACAGUUCAUGUAUAUCUCAUUAUACUGAGAUAUGAAUCCAUGACAUCUUCCAUGGAUUGGAAGGUGGCAGCAUUCACCGGCCCAAUACACAGGAACCUGGGCUGACCACUGGGACCAUGAGUGUGUCUGGAGGAUGGGUUAAUCUUGGAGGCUGACAUCUGUCUUGCCCUCAUUCUUCUAACAGCUUACAUUAAAUGCACUGUGAUCUGUCCCUCUCAGGUAGUUUUAUGAGGUUCCACCAGGAUCUUCCUUGUAUUCUGGGUCCACUUCUCUCCCUCACUUCUCUGCCUUUGUGUGUCUCCUUUUCAUCCUGCUCUUGAAGCUUUCCUUGUGUUUGGAGAGGCAUUUCCUGAUGAAGUGUGUAUGAUGACCCCCACCUGCCACCUGUGAGCAGAGCUUGUCCUCCUUUCAUAGGAGGUGUAUGCACUUGAAACUCUGUGACUGAUGACCUGUUCUUGAAAAAUGAAUACUGAAUGUUUGAUGAUAUAGUUAGUUUGUUUGUGAGGAUACCUUACAGAACACCCCUGGGCACUGUUUCUGGCCCCUCUGGCAUGCUACCCUGCCUUGGAGCCUGUUGACUAUUGUCUGAAACCUUCACAGAUGUUGAACUAAGAUGAACUUUUCUUCCCUUAACUUGCGAGUGUUGGAUGUUUUACUCAGCAAUGAGAAAUUAACUAAAACAGAUGUCUUUCUAACUAAAUUGAGACAUGGAUACAAAGCCUCCCUAAUGCUUCAGCGUGUGCUUACUAGAUAGUGUUCAGUGAUUUCUGCAUACCUUUUUCUUUUGAUGUGAUUUGCAUCUAUCAAACUUCCUAUUGUGUAUGAUUUACACACUUCAGACUCUUGUGUGUUUAUUGUUUGAAUCUAAAGAGUACAUAAAGCUACACCUCAGGAAUUUCUAUAAAAUUGAAAACAUCGCCACCUUCAUAGGUUCAUCCAUGAUCCUUUGUACCUUUCCACAGUCCUAAACUUUCCAAUAUAAUGUUUAGCAUGCUCCAGAUUUUCACAUAAAGUGUAACAUAAUAUGUACUCGUGUGUGUAAGUGUUCUUUCACUAAAACAUAAUGUUUUAGAAGUUCCCUGAUGUUAUGUGUGUCCAUCAUCUCUUAAUAUCACUUUGUGGUUUUUCUAUUGGUUGGUCACAUUUUUUUACCUUCCUUUUGGGCAUUAUGAAUACCGUAGUUGUGUUUUUCCUUUUCUCCUAAGGAAUAACUAAGCUAUUUUCAUUUUUUGAGCACUAUGAAUAAAGCUACUGCAAGAUUUCUUAUGUGCCUCUUAUUCUUAGACAUAUGUUUUGAAUUAUCUAAGGUAUAGACAGUCUUGGCCAAUGAUUAGGUACCUGUUUAGCUUCAUGAGAAGUUACUCUCUCUCUCCUAAUGACCCCAAUCAGUUUUCACCCUGCCAACAAUACAAAUGCUUCAGUUUCUUCACCACCCUGCCAAUAUUUGGUAUUGUCAAAGUUCCUCCUGUUUUCUGUUCUAGUCAAAAUGCAGUGAUGGUAUUUCACUGAGGCUUUUUUCUGGACUGAAGUGAGAUAUUGGCAGGUUCAAGCAUGCCUUGGAGUGAUCAUUUGUGUUUUAGUUGCUGCCUCUAUCAAAUUCUACUUCCUGUUAACUUGUAAUUUUUUUUGCUUCUUAGAUUAUGUUCUUAUGGAUUCAGCUAUCAUAUUUUUAAAUGGCAUGUAUUUUUAAAGCAGCUUUUGGUUCAAAACAAUAUUAAAUAGAAAGCACCUGUGAUUCCUAAUACUCCCUGGCUCCCACAAUGUCAACAUCCUGCCCUAGAUGAGGCAGGUUGAUGAACCUAUGCUGAUACAUCUUAAUCAUUCAAAGUCCGGAAUUCACUUUAGUAUCUAUUAUAAACCUAAACAACUAUCAGAGACGUUUGCUCCAGAGGACAGUGAUAUACAGUUGGAAAGAGCAGAGCUUUAUAACAGGAACAAAUAUGUCUUAGUAAUCUAUGUGUAUAUUCAGAGAAGUUGAGGCAUGGAGAAUUUCUUAAAGGUGAAAAUGAGGAAAAUUUCUUCAGAUAUUUUGAAACUAUAAUCCUUGGCCACAAGAAUUAAACAAAAACCUGAGGCUGGUCACAAGUUGUUGGGAAGACCACUUUAUGGAAGUUUCCAGUACAUGACUGUGGGGCAUAAUGUUUGAUAGUUACUGUGAGGAGUUGCGCAUGAGACCCUUUUUUCAUACCUUUUAGCUUUUUUUUUUUCCCUUUCUUUUUUAUCAGGGAACUCACAUCCUCAUGCUUGCCAGACAAGCACUUAAACCACUGAGCUAAAUCUGAGGCUUUCAUACUUUUAGCUUUAUAUACUUUCAUUUGGAUUGAGAUGAAAGACUCUGGGACAGGGAUUUAGUUCAGUGUCAUAAGCACCUGUGUGGCAAAGCACAAGGUUGUGAGUUCAAUUCCUGGGUACAAAAAAAGGGAAAAAUAUAAAAAUAUAUGUCUCUGUUUUGAAUCUGAAAAGUUUAUUUCUCUCAUAUUUUUAUUUUUACUAGUGCAUGUUGGGUUCAGUAAUUGUGUUCACAUUCCUUGUGUGGAGUUAGUUCACAUACAUAACAGAUCUUAAUUCCUUUUUUUCAACCCUUUUCCUACCCUCAUUAUCUUAUCUCUUGGUCCUUUUCCUAUUUGAGAAGGAUCUAUCAGUACUUUCUAGUGUCUAUCUUUUAUUUUUCUGUUUACUUAUCACGUGUUCUACACAGAAAAGAAAUCAUGUGAUAUUUAAGUUUGUGUCUUAAGUAUUUCAAAUAACAUUAUAGCUUCAAGUUGCAUCCUUUUUCCUACAAAUGACUCAAGCUGAUUUUCCUUGUGGCAGAGUAGGACUCUAUUGUGCAUAAAUACCACAUUUUCCUUCUGCAUUGAACCACUGAUGGACACAUAUAGUGCUUCCAAACUUAGCUGUUAUGAAUUGUGCUGUUAUAAGCGUGGCUCUGCAUGCAUCACUGUAAGAUGAUGUCUUCAACUCUUCUGGGAAGAUAAAUAGAAGGGGACUAAUGUAUUCAAAGGGAAUUUCUAGGUUUUAUUUAUUUAUUUAUUUUAAAGAGAUUAAGAUGAAAGAGGACAGGACAAAGCAGAUCAGAACAGAACAAUGUAAGCAACACAAUAAUUCACUACAAGAUAAUUUGAUAUUAACAGAAGCUACCAUCAUGUCUCUUUCUUUGAAAUAGUUGAGUAUACCUUCACAUACAAGAGUAUCAAACAUAACAAAAUAGUAUGACACUAUACAAGAGAAUGAAAGUAUUACCGGGCAUUCAGACCCAAAUAACAGAAAUUGAACAAUGGUUACUAUAUUAUCUCAUUUUCCAUAGAAAAUUUGUUUAUGCCAUCACCCAUAUUAAAAUCCAAUAAGACACAAUAUGAUAGAACCAGUGGAAAUAGAAGAACAAAAGCAUGGUAGGACUUCAAAGCAAGAUGAUAUUAAAUCAGCCAUGGCUGCCAUAAUGUCUUGUUUUCUUCAAAAUAGCUGUUCAAACCAUCACACAUAAUAAAAUUUUUAAAAAACCAUGAUAUAACCAUUCCAACUAAUGAAUGCAAACAUUAUAAGUCUUCAAAGCAAUGUUAUGGGGAAUCAUGACGAACAUAAAAUCUUACGUACUCUUACCAUGUCUUACAGUAGGAAGACUCUGUACUAAUUUCCAUAGCUGUAUUUAUACUCCCAUCAACAUUUUAGAAGGGUGUUUUUAAACCCACAGUUUAGCCAAUAUUUGUUAUUUGAUUCCUUGAUGAUGGCCAUGAAGUCUCUGAGGUUGAUUUUGGCCUUGGUGAUAAUAUUAUAUAACAGAAAUAAAUAACUGUAAAUUUUAAGGUGACUCAAUCACAGAGUGAGAAGCUUUAGCUCAGUUUUCUCAGAAUUCAACUGUUGUCAAUAAGAAAACAUAGAAUCUAAAAUAUGAGGGGCACUGUAGGUCAAGCAGUGCUUUAAGCACUUCAGUGCAUUAUGGACUCUGACUUUCCUCUGCACUGCUUGUGAUGUCUGUUAUCAUUGAGGCUGUCAGGGAAGGAAAUAAUGGCAUGUGGAAGUUAGACAAACCUUAUGCAAUUUUCCUUCACAUCUUUACAUUUCCAAGAAUUAAUAUUCUUUUUUACUAUCCAUGGAAUGUGUGCAAAGCUGAAGCCAGGUUGGUAUCACAUGCCUAUAAUCCCAGCACUCGGGAGGUCGAAAUGGGAGGAGAGCUACAAGUUCGAGACCAGCCUGGAACACACAAUGUGUUGGCAUUCCACCAAAUCUACAUAGUGUGAACUUAUCUGAAAAAACCAACCAACGACCUAAUCAAGAACAAAAACCACAAAGUGAAAAACCUAAGUAUGUUUAGUUGAAAAUGACUACACCAGGUGAUACUUGUAAAAUGUCUGGAGCAGUUUUUGGGUCAUGCAUAGAGCAAUGUGACCAUUUCUGUGACUAUGCAUGCACUAUGUCAAAUAAAUCUUAACACAUAUUUAAAAAUUAAAAA